CUGUCUUCGCGCUGAGAUUCUCCCUGCUCCGGCGAAGACCAUGAGAGUGCGCGAGAGACUGGGCCCGUCCCUGCUGUGCCCCCCGUGGGCACUGCCCUCCCUGCUGCUGGCGCUGGCUGUGCGCGGGGCGGCGGAUGCGCCCACCUACCCGUGGCGCGACGCGGAGACGGGAGAGUGGCUGGCGUGCGCCCAGUGCCCCCCGGGCACCUUCGUGCAGCAGCCGUGCCGCCGCGACAGCCCCACGACGUGCGGCGCGUGCCCGCCACGCCACUACACGCAGUUCUGGAACUACCUGGAGCGCUGCCGCUACUGCAACGUCCUCUGCGGGGAGCGCGAGGAGGAGGCGCGGCCGUGCCAGGCCACCCACAACCGCGCGUGCCGCUGCCGCCCCGGCUUUUUCGCGCACGCUGGCUUCUGCCUGGAGCACGCGCCGUGUCCGCCCGGCGCCGGCGUGACCGCUCUGGGCACCCCCGGCCGGAACACACAGUGCCAGCCGUGUCCCCCGGGCACCUUCUCCGCCAGCAGCUCCAGCUCAGAGCACUGCCAGCCCCACCGCAACUGCACAGCCCUGGGUCUGGCCCUCAACGUGCCGGGCUCCUCCUCCCACGACGCCCUGUGCACCAGCUGCACUGGCUUCCCCCGCGGCGAGGAGGGGCCAGGGACUGAGGAGUGCGAACGCGCUGUCAUCGACUUCGUGGUUUUCCAGGACGUCUCCUCCAAGAGGCUGCAGCGGCUGCAGCAGGCCCUCGCGGGCCCGGCGGGGUGGGACCCGUCGCCGCAGAGGGGCGGCCGCGCGGCCCUGCAGGAGAAGCUGCGGCGGCGGCUCACGGAGCUGCGCGGCGCGCGGGACGGGGCGCUGCUGGCGCGGCUGCUGCGGGCGCUGCGAGCGGCCCGGCUGCCGGGGCUGGAGCGGAGUGUCCGCGCGCGCUUCCUCCCCGCGCGCUGA